UGGGUUCUACGUCAUCAUUACGCGACCGUUCAAGCGGUGAUUUCUACGCGAUAGUGAACUUCUCAUUUCUGUCGCGUUAACAUUUGUUUUAAUCUGUUUUAAUUAACAUUUGGUGUUAAUUAAGAUGCCUAAAGUUGUUUCCCGGAGUGUGGUGUGUUCAGACACCAGAGACAGAGAGGAGUAUGACGACGGAGAAAAGCCGCUGCACGUUUAUUACUGUUUAUGCGGACAAAUGGUGCUGGUGCUGGACUGCCAGCUGGAGAAAUUACCCAUGAGGCCACGGGACAAGGCGCGUGUAAUCGAUGCAGCCAAACACGCGCACAAGUUCUGUAAUGUGGAGGAGGAUGAGAGUGUGUACCUGAAAAGGCCGGAGGGAAUUGAGCGUCAGUACCGCAAGAAGUGUGGCAAGUGUGGUCUCCUCCUGUUCUAUCAGCACCAGAUGAAAAACACUCCUGUGACGUUCAUCGUGUUCGGCGCUGUGGUGAAGUUCGGAGAGGGAUUCGGAAACACCAGUGUGUACAGUCAGAAACAGGAAACACCCAAGAAAGUCCGGGUGAUGAUGACGAAGCGCACUAAAGACAUGGGGAAGUUCAGCUCCGUUACCGUGUCGACCAUCGAUGAGGAAGAGGAGGAGAUCGAGGCGAGGGAGGUGGCUGAUUCCUACGCUCAGAACGCUAAAGUGAUCGAGAAGCAGCUGGAGAGGAAGGGCAUGAGCAAGAGACGAUUACAGGAGCUGGCUGAAUUAGAAGCUAAGAAGGCCAAGAUGAAGGGAACGCUCAUCGACAACCAGUUCAAAUAGUGUGUGUGUGUGUGUGUGUGUGUGUGUGUGUGAGAGAGAGAUUUAUAUAUGAAAGUAUGCUUAGAUACACACUUAUAGUGUAUAUUACAGGUGUGUGUGUGUGUGUGUGUGUGUAAUAUGUAAAUAUGAGCUGUUGUGAUUUUUAAUGAAAUAAAUCUGUUCAUCAUU